AUGAACGGACAAGCAGGACCCUCCGAAGUUCGUGUGGUCAGUGGCUCACAGCCAGGGGUCCUUGAUCCAACACAGCCAUCCCGCCUCCUUCGUACACCGGAUUCCACCCUUACCUUCGCGUCUUUCAACCCAUAUGUCGCGACUCCUCAUGAUAUUUCAAGAAUCAGCAAUCUCUCACUUCACGACGAACGUUGUCGACCAAAGCGAAUUGUAAUUGAAACGAUUCCCGGGCAGCCAUCUUCGUGGCGCUGGGUGCCAAGCGCACUGAAGCAGGAGGGAGUAGACGACGAGGGAAGAUUUCCUCGACUGAUAGACCUUUGCGGCCAAUUAUGCGAGAUUUCGCAAGACCAAUGGGAUUUAUACAAGUUAGAUCCUCUCUACAAUUGCUUUGUUAAAUUUCCGCCCGCUCUUACUGUGAUUACGCGGAGAGCAUGGGCAACCCAUGACCGGAUACCCUCGCCACCAACAGAGUCCCAAUUAACCAACGCAGCGGAGGACGACUAUGACAGCGAUAAAAUGGUUGUUGACGAUGAUUUCACACCACUUCGUCCCAAAGCUGGACCUUCUCCCCGUCGAAAGAGGAGGCAAUCACCUCGAGUAGCCCUUGACUUCGACUUUGGUGUCCAACCUCCUGAACAGCCACCAGAUCCUAAACCAAAACGGAAAGCCCACGUAUCCUUCCAGACCCUGCGCCCAGCUGAUGAUGAGGAGAAUGCAUACUUCGAGGAAGACAGCCUCAACCGUAACACCAAAUCCUACACCCCCCGGAACCAAAAGCGCGCCAGAACGCUUUCUCCUGGAGCACAAAAACGUACAUUACACGCAAAUCGCACCGCUCGGGACAACACCAAGAAGACGAGAUGGGAACAAGAAAAGGAAGCCCGGAGAGAGCGCCGCGAGCAGGCUUUCCUCCGAGAGGUCUUGACAGAAGUGCCUCCGGCCUAUACCCACUUCAAUGGGAAUGGCUCCGCCUCGACCAUGCCCGACAUACCGGAAGAAUCAAACAUUCCAGAAAGCACGAAUACCCCAGACGAGACGAGCAUACCAGAAGAACGAAUGGAAGAACGGACCUCCCAAGAAGAGGAAACACCAGAGGAUCCUCUCGCAGAGUCUUUAAGAAAGAUGGCAGAACUCAACGCUGACCGUGAAAGGCAACGGGAGCGGGAAAAACACCUUAAAGGGGAGGAGGUCAAACGAAGAGCUCAGUCCGAGGAUCCAAGUCGCGAACAACAAAAGCAGCAGAAAUUAGCAGAGGAAAAACGUAGGAAGGAGGAAGAGACUCGAAGACGUGAAGAAUUUGAGAAGGCCAUGCUCGAAGAAGAGAUACGACGGCGACGAGCGGAACUGUUCGAACGACUCAACCGAGAACGCGAGCUUCGUCAUGAGCAAUGGAGCAACGGGUACUGGUCACAUCAUCGAGCUGUAGAGCGGUACAAAGGCGUCUCUGCUUUCUUCGACAAGGCUCGAUUCUCGGGAGAGACCUUCCCGCUUGUCUUUAUUGACAUCCCUUGGCCCACAUUGAAGGACCCACGUCGCAACAAGGUCCAGGACUUGGACUGGGACGUCGUCAACGCCUUUUUCAGUUAUUUCCGAAAGAAUUCACGCCCUCAAGAAUACAAAGACAUAUUGAGGGUAAGUUUCCAGCGCUUUCAUCCUGACCGUUGGGACAGCCGCAAUCUCUUCACCUCCAUUCUCGAUGAGCAAGAGAGGAAUGAAGUGCAUACAGCCGUAUCUAUGGUCAGCAAAGCCAUAGGCGCCCUUUACACAGAGGUGAAAGGGGCUUGA